AAUUGACAUUUGCAUAACAUAACCUUAUUUUAAUUUUUUGUUUGUUGCCAAGUGACAGUUUAAAUUCACGAUAAGCUUGCUACAAAUGCUACUAUCAAUUCGAAGGCCGGCACUUACUAAACGCUUUUUCUCAGUAAUUACACAACAAAUGGAGAAGGAAGGUGUAGUUCCCGAUGUUAUUGAUGUAGCACCUAAAGAAGUUGCCGAGGUGCACUACCCCAGCGGAGUACAUGUUGAGCUAGGUAACGAGUUGACACCUACUCAAGUUAAGGACAUUCCUUCGGUGAAAUGGUCUGCAUAUGCUAACUCGUUUUACACUUUAUGCAUGACAGAUCCUGAUGCACCGAGCCGCCAAAAACCGGAUUUCAGGGAGUGGCAUCAUUGGCUUGUGGCAAACAUUCCUGGCGAUGAUAUCUCCAAAGGCGAAAAUCUUUCCGAAUAUGUUGGAUCGGGACCCCCACAGGGAACAGGUUUACAUCGCUAUGUUUUCUUAAUUUAUAAACAGGAUGGCAAAAUUACAUUUGAUGAAAAACGUUUAACCAAUCGGUCUGGCGAUAAUCGGGGAAAGUUUUCCAUUAGGGCCUUUGCCAAGAAGUACAAACUGGGAAAUCCGGUCGCUGGAAAUUUCUAUCAAGCACAGUAUGAUGAUUAUGUUCCCAUUCUGUAUAAGCAGUUGGGAGCUUAAACUUGUGUACUUUUCUCAUGCAUUUUUAUUUUACUUAGUGGUUUCCUAUUAAGGCUGCUACCCUUAUGCUUAAUUUUGUGUUUCAAUUUAAAUAAUAUGAAUUUCUUUUUCAUUGGUUUGUUGUAUAAUUUUUGUUAAAACAAUAUUACAUUGCAUUUGUAUUGAU